CAAAAACAUCUCACUGAGUGCCAUACGCUGCGGCCCCUAAAUACAACUUUCAAGAGAAUUCAUGCGUAACAGCAUGUCGACUUCGAGAAGAAUGCUGUGGGGACGUUUCCGAGGGAAGGCAGCUGAAACCGAUACCACAGCUGAACGCUUCUCGGAGCGCGGCGUCAAUCCAAACGACGACCCAAGCAUCUCAUCACAAGACUCUGGUUAUGGCUCUGUUGAAUCUACGACACACAGUGACGGAUGCCUGGCAAUCAAAUCUCCCGAUUCAUUGUCCAUUCAGCCCGAUAUGAACAUGGUCUCCGCCCUGGGUCACCAAAACUCCUCCACAGGCAUUAAUACGUCGGUCGAAGAGGCUUCGACCAGGUCAGACACGAUGAACGGCGAUAACAUCAAAGCUCCGCACCUAGCAACAGCACCAAAGUCGAAGCCGACGAUUAAUGCCGAAACACAUCGAGCAGUUCGGGAGAUAGCCAGCGCGUUCAAGAAGAACUUUGGCGGGCCCUUGCUUCAUCAUCUCAACUCGCGCAAGAAGACUAGCAAGGGCCUCUCUACUCAAGCCGUAGCGAUUUUUCCGAAAUUGGCUUGGAGCGAGACCAGCGGGAGCAUCGAGGUUGAUAUCAUCGUCCAAUGCCACCCUUCAGUCGAAUCACAUGUACAACAGUUCAUGAAAGACAACCAUGAAGCCGUCGAGACGUCGUUUCAAUUCGCACAGCAACAUCUGUGUGUAAAGACCCGAGUUGUGGGGUGCGAGAUCAACUUCUUGUCGUUCGCGUAUUGGCCAGAGAGUGGGAAACGCGAUGACAGGUUGAAAGUCUGUGGAAACCUCAUGUUGGUGGAAAAAACAAGCAGCGGGUUCGCGAAAUGCACCCUCGGCGGCAUGCUCUCCAUCGGCGCUUUGGAUGAUAGCAGCAUCUCCUGGUUUGGCGUCACGACUGCCCAUGGGCUUUACAGCAGCUUAGAGUCAAACGAACAGCCUACCGAAGCUGCCAAGGUGAAUCUAUCGACGCCUGCCUUGACGUCUAAAGCCCUAGCGCUCAUCGACAAAGUCUGCCUAUGGAUCGACCAGCAGGUGGGAGACGAUGCUGAACAGCAGGUUAAACCCGACAAUUACGCUUCAGAUGCUCUGGGAAUCAUGCAAAACUGCAAAACCAUCACCAAAAAGCUCGCAAGGUUGACUGUGCAGGGUGACCUUCGUCGAGACCUACGAUACGCCAUCCAAGGCAAAGUUCGCCACACACUCAAGUCGUGCUUGUCAGAGCUGGAAUCAAUGCUGGGAAGAUACCCAACCGCAAGUAUGCAGCUGUCUCCGUCCAAAUACUACCCACUUCGCGCUUUAAAGGAUGUUGAGACAUCGCUAUCAGCGGGUUUAUAUUCUGCAACGGCGGCGUCUAUUGUGCCUUCUUCUAUCUCACCUGAACUCUCCAAAUCCUCCUCCCCGACAGACUUCUUUGGAGAGGUGUACGUCACGUCUUCAGAGCAGACCGACGUCCCCGAACAAGGACUUUGCAACCUAGGAAACUUGGAUUGGGCAUUAAUCCAAAGCUUUGAGCCCAAUGGUCUAGGUGGAAUCGCUGGAACUGAGUCUGGUCUUCUUCAGCCAUCCAAUCAGGGAAAUUUUGGCGUCUUUGAGCCAAGUAGCUCGGUCUCCGAUGUCGACACAAGCCGGAGAGUAAUGAUCAUCAACGAGCGCCAAGGCUACCCAGAGGCCGAAAUAUCAUUCCAGGUUGCCUUCAUUUGUGUCCCACCGAGCUCUGAACUUGUCGAGGUCCUGGUAUAUACCACCAGUGCUCCACCAUGCCUGCCACCUAAGAUAGGGCAGCAAGACUUCGUCCCGGGGGAUAGCGGGAGUUGGGCGGUUAGUAUCAAUGAAUUGGGAGAUAAGAGAGUCCACGGUCAGCUCAUCGGGACCAACUGCCUCGGUGAGGGCUUAUUGAUGCCGAUGGACAAGAUCCUUGAUGAUAUUGCCGCCAAGCUACAACCGAUGUUGGGUGAUGCAUUGCCCACCAUUAAGCUUCAUUUACCCCUGAUACCUCUCAACCUUGAUUUAUUUUCCAAGUCCGGUGAGACGGACCUGGAGAUACGCAAAAUGCCUAAAGAGGGUCAUUUCGUGGCGUGGAACCUCAUGAGGCUCAGUUGGGAGACGGCAAGAGCGCAGUGGAGGAUCUUGGCACAACCUCAUGACGGCCAAGAAAUAGAACAGUGGAAAGAGGAGGAAAGAGAAUGGGAGGAUCAAUUCGAAGAAUGGAAGGUUGCCCCCCACUCGAGCCCUUCAAUCUCCAUGGAAUGGUUCAAGAAAUGGGAACGGCGACAACGACUGUGGGCCAUCUCACUCCGCUACUGGACUCUCCGCAAACAAAGCUCUCCCAUCAACGACCAGGAUUUUCAACAAGAUCUGAUGGAGAUAAUUCGAGAAGAGGAAAACACCUCCCUGAUUGAACCAACGCAUGGUCUCGAUUCACUCUCGCGACAGCUCGGUUCGCUCGGCCAAUCUCAUAGCAGCAAGGCGACUAGCAGCUACCAAUCACUAUGGUCGCAUGCUGCGAGUCUAGCUACAGCUUCCAGCAGUGUUUUCGACAACUCGGAGCUGAUUCUCAAUAAACCGGAGGGAAAACAUAUCGUGUCCCCAUUGCUGGGCCCUAUGGCCAAGGCCGCGACGCCAUUUGCAACCCCUUCGCACAGGCAGCAGACAUCUCCGAGCGAUCGUGAUAACAGCGACCAGAGCAACCCGCUCGGUUCGAUUAUCUCAUAUAAACCAGAGUUCUUAGCCUUGAAGGAGGAGGAAGAGGAGUGGGAGGACUCCUAUCUGCCAAAAGAUCACCCAGCACCGCCACCCAACCCCGGAAACGAACGCCAGCCGAGUCGAUCAUCCCAAUCCAAGAUCCCUGUUAGAGUCCCACGUUCAGAAUCCAACCCUGAAUCGCCCAACGUACACAACGACAAUACACAACCUGAGGAGAGGCUCCAGCAGCUUUUGAAAAAUGAAACGACUAAAAGAGAGGAGGUAGAAAAGGAGAGGGACAACGCACUGGAGGAGAGGGACAACGCACUGUUAUCUCAUAGCGAGCAACUCGAAAUCAACUCUAAUCUUUUCAAGCUCACCGACGGAGCAGAUGCCGAUAUGAAGAAGUUGAGAAACGAGAAGGAAGCGUCGCAGGCCCAAGUAAGGAUACUUGAAGAAGCGAAUCGAAGCCUACAAGGCGAGGCAAGCCUUGCUAGAAACCAAGCGCAGAAGCUCCAACACCAGACGCAACAACUACAAGAACAAGUCAAUAACUCUGAGCACGUCAUAAGGACGCUUGAAGAAGCGAUUCGAGGGCUACAAGACGAGUCAGGCGUUGCUAGAAACUAAGUGCAGGAUCUCCAACACCAGAACAGGACAUUGGUACUCCGCUUUGCUUCACAGACAAGAUCUUUGCUAUGGAUCAUCAAUUGUCUUAUCAAUCCACGAACCUCAACGCCACGAGGGAUUGUUCAAAUUCCAAGGCGGAUUGGAUGGACCAGCGAGGGUAUCGAACAAGUGGAAACACAUCUCCUGCCCGCCCCACAGCAUCUUUCAAGGAACACCUCCGGAAAUGAUAUUCACUCGUUUUAUGUUGAAGUGUUGAUCGUAUCAACCGGGCCCAGUGGCGCAAGUCACGGCGCAAGUCACAUCGCGAACCACGGCACCGAGCGAGUCGUAGUGGCGAGGCCAGGGCGUCAAAAAUGGCUGUGGUUGCAAAAGAUGGCGAGAGGUAAGCUUCCCCAUUUGCGUUACCCAACAG